AUGUCUCCCUCUCCACUGGUCAAGCGGCCGUUGGACUUGCUCUACUUUGUUUACUUCGCCUUCCAUAUUCCUAUCACUUUGUCUAUGGCGGUACAAUUAUUUCUUCCGAAGGAGAGCCUUCCCAUCAAGCUCCAGGAUUUUCAAGCUUGGUAUCUAGAGGAGUCUGGUGAUCCUGUCCUUCUCGGUGGCUUUGGACGCAUUGGACAACCUGGUAUAUUCGCUUGGUGUAACGUCUACUUGUACAUAGAAACGUUUGCGCAAUUGCCAAUGUUUUUCAUUGCGCUCUAUGGAUUGAGGAAAGCGUCGACGCGUAUCAACGCUUUGAUUGCCAUGUACGCCGCCUCGGCGGUGACAAGCAUCGUAGCCUGUCUGGCAUCUAUCUACACCCUACCGACGACCUCGGACCUGACAGCGAAAGAGGGCAUAAUCUCGUUAACAGAGAAGCAACGCACAAUGUUGUUGCAGAGCUACGCUCCCAUGUUUGCGGUUGCCACGAUCAUGAUGCUGGAUAUGGGUUGGCGCACAUAUAAUGCGGUCGAGGCAGGUCUGAAAUUGACCAAGCAAGGGGAGAAGAAGAGCACGUAG